AAAUGACAGCUUUCCUAGUUUCAAUUGCAUUCGCCCUCCUCGCCGGAGCUCGGGCAUGGGAUUACGGAGUCCCCUACUAUCCGGCACCGCACUAUUUCGAACAACAGCAGCCAUAUGAUCUUCCGUGUCCGCCGUCGGGUCCCGAAAGUCUGGUUUGUGCCGGAGCUCCGGGUGCCCAGCCAUCCACCUUUCCCAGUCCUUGCGAAGUCCAACGUUUCAGAGCCCUAACUGGCAUUAACUGGGAGAUCAUUCACGAGAAUAGAUGCGAAACCUUGGAGGUCUGCCCGGACAACUGCCAGGAUCAGUACAAUCCCGUGUGCGGAAAGUACAAGGAUACCAGGCGCAACUUCAGGAGCGAGUGCGAACUGCAGCUGGUGAAGUGCCGCACAGGACAUCCUUGGCGAAAGCACCACGAUGGCCCCUGUGAAAGCAGGUAUCCUGUUCCUCAGUCGCCUCGCGUUCAAAACUACAAUCCCUAUGCGAUUAAUCCUUACCAACCGAACGUUGGAUCUCGAGGAGCCUAUGGAUCCCAAGGACCUUAUGGAUCACAAGGACCUUAUGGAUCUCAAGGACCUUAUGGGCCGCAAUCUCCGCCUCAGCCUUAUCCACGAAGCUCUAUUGUGUCCCCAAAACCCAAUUAUGAAGCGCCCAUCUAUCAGCCCUAUCAGAUAUCCUGGGAAAAUCUGCCCACCGAGUAUGCUGGAACUACCAAGCCUUAUCCGAAUCCAACCUAUGAGACUACACCAACCACUACCUCGACAACUGCUGCUACAACUACUUCCACAACUACAACUACUCCCACAACUACGACCGAUAAAAUCACAACUACACCUCAACCAGGUGACUCAGAGACCACCGAGGCCACAACUGUAACUCAAAAUCCCAGGCGAAAUAUAAAGGUAAAUGCUGUGAUCGAAGACACGCAAAAGCCCUCCCCGGCUACUGGUAAGCCUGAAGAAUCUACUGAGUCCAGUUCAACGGAGUCCAGUGUCACCUAUACGCCUUUAAAAAAAUACACAACAACUGCUUCUCCUCAACAUGCUACAACCACUGCACGGCCUUCAAAGCCUUCUCUAUCGAUAAAUGCUGUUCAAGUUCCUGAACAGGAGGCUCAGAAGACCACUAGCACCGAACCAACUACGACUUAUAAGUCUUACAAUGCUUAUAAUUCGUAUGCAUCCUAUAGCACCACUGAAGCUCCUGUGGACGAAGACACUACAAAGGUGCCCGUGGAUGAAAUCAUUAAAAUAAAUAAAGUCCAGAUAAGUACUGAGAAUACAACUGAAAAGGCUGCUGAGACAACGCAGUCGACCACUCGUAAAGCGGACCCUACAUACCCAUCAUAUCCAGCUUAUCCAACCUCGAGCUUAUACAAAACUUAUCCAGUCUAUAACUCCACUGCGGCUCCUACGAACGAAAACACAACUCAGUUACCUUUCGACAAGGUACUUAAAAUAAAUGCAGCUGAAGAAAGCACUGAGAAGAUCGAUGAAGAGACCACCAAGGCAAAUGUGUACGAAACUUAUCCAGUCUAUGGUUCCACAGAAGCUUCAAAGGAUGAGGAAACUACUAAGAAAUCUCUCGACAAGGUAGUCAUAAAUGCAGUUAAAGAAAGCCCUGAACAAGAGGAUGAAACAACAACGAAAGCGCAGCCUACUUACUCAUCGUAUUCAGCGUAUUCAUCCUCCAGUGUCUAUAAGACUUACCCAGACUAUAAGUCCACUGUAACUCCCAAGAAUGACGUUACUACUCAGGCGCCUUUAGACAAAAUUGUCAAAAUAAAUGCCAUUGAAGAGAUUAUUGAAAAGCAAGAUGAACAGACGACCACUAAGGCAACUACCGUUUCCGAAUCUACCACUCCCAAAUCGCAGCCUACUUAUCCAUCUUAUGCAACAUAUCCAUCCCCAAAUGUGUACCAAGCUUAUCCAGUCUAUGGUUCCACAGAAGCUUCAAAGGAUGACGAAACUACUAAGAAAUCUCUCGACAAGGUAGUUAAAAUCAAUGCAGUUGAAGAAAGCCCUGAACAAGAGGAUGAAACAACAACGAAAGCGAAGCCUACUUACUCAUCUUAUUCAACGUAUUUAUCCUCCAGUGGCUAUAAGACUUAUCCAACCUAUACAUCCACUGAAGCCCCUGAGAAUGAAGAAACUACUAAGGUGGCUCUCGACAAGUUAGUCAAAAUAAAUAAAGCGCAGAUAAGUACUGAGAAGGCUGUUAAUGAAACUACUACGACAACGGAGCCUAUCACAACUAAAGCGCCAACCACUUAUCCAUCGUAUCUGACUUAUCCAUCCUCGAGUGUAUAUAAAAGUUAUAGCUCUUCCGAGACUCCGGAUGAUGAAGAGGACAAGGAGAGCACUGGAAGUCCAUUGGACAAGUCAAUAAAGAUCAACGCAGUCUCAUUUCCAGAAACCAUUCAAAAUACAACGUUUGCAACGACACCUUUCCCGGAAACCCCCACCGAUGCUUUAUCCGAAGUGGAAAAAGGACCUGAGAUUGAUGCAGACAGUGUGGCCAACAGUGCGAAGACUGAAUCAGCAGAAAUCCCAGAAAUUGUUAAGACAGAAAGCGUUAGUAAGAACGGAACACAGGUAAAUUUGGAGGUGACCUGCAAACGAGAAAACAAAAAACUAAAGCUGGACACAUCGAGCUCAGAUCGGAGUAACAUUUAUUUUAUAUUUUUGGGCUGUUAAACAUGUUAUAUACUGUGUUCUAGUGUAAUUGUACAUAUGUUGUGUGAUUAUAGACCAUUGUU